UUACUAGAAGUUUAUUAAUUGGCAUCGAAUUGAUUUAGCGGCUAUAUACUAUAAUAGGCUGCAUAGAAAUAGUGUUCCAGGACGGUCAGGUCUGUGCGUAGAGACUAUGAUUCGGUCGGUGAUGCAAUUCUUAAGUAUCAGACGUGUGAUUAUAAUCUCCUCUGUUGCACCUGAAUGCAUGCUCACAGUUUGCUUAAGAUUAAUUUCCAAGCUGUGAUUAUCCAGGUGAUAGAAUGAUCAAAGGCCGUUGAUGCCGACUCAUGGAUUAAUUUAGUUCCUUUUUACCUAUAUAACUCCCCUCAGUGAUAGACUCCCUCCCAGUGAAGACCCUGCUGCGGUAUUAAAGCAAAGUGCAGUGGGGCAGCUACCUCCGCCUGUGGUCCCAGCUCCAUUGCCUUGCCCCUGCUCAUGAAUGCAUGGGGGGCUGCCGCUGAACCACAAAAUUAAAGUCAUUUUUUAUGAAUUUUCCUCCAAAAACUUUCUUUUUGGUUCCGUGUCAAUAACGUUGCCGGUGUUUGAACAACCAGCCCCAGCAAACAAACACCAUCCACUAAUUACUCCACUACUUCAUGUUAAUUACAUUAUAGUGGGUCUCAAAUUACUCAAAUCGAAAGUGAACUGUGAAAGAGAGAUUUUGAGACAAAGCAGAUACUAUUGCGUAGUAGCAUUUAUAUUAAUUUGGUAUAUUGUUAGUUUGAAACUAUUAGCUGAACGAAAGUUCAUGAAAAAGAUGAAAUAACUUUUUAAUGAAUGAUGGAAGAGGCAAUCACUUGCAAGAUUUGCGCCGAGAAGUUUUGUGACAAAGACGGACUGAUUCCAAGGAUAUUAACCGCUUGUGGACACAGUUUCUGCGAGUCUUGUCUAAAUAAACUACAAAAAAAGGCUUAUAUAACUAAAGAUAGUUACAGUAAAGAUUCCACCUCAUCUAUUACUAUUAGGUACAAAAAGACCACUCAAAGGUGCUGGCAAUACGAGAUAAAAUGUCCUAAGUGUAAAACAAAAACCAUUUCAGACAAGCCCAGUAGCGAACUUCCUAAAAAUUAUGCCUACUUGGACUUACUUGAUGAAGUUGUAACAAAUGGAAAAUGCCCCGUUCAUCCAAAUUACGUCCUGGAUAUGUUUUGCCAUGAAGAAGAGGAAGCAGUUUGUAUGUACUGCACAACAUAUGGCCAGCAUAAGACCCAUAAGGUGUCUAAAUUGUCAUGGUUUUCUGACAAGCAAGCAGAAUCAAUACAGAACAAAAUUGAUUGUAUUGAUAAUGUCAUCAAUGAUUAUAAUGACCUUAGUUCUUCUUUAGAUGCAAGAAAGCAUAACCUUAGGCAUAAAGCUAAGUAUGUUCAAAAUGCAAUCACCUCACGAUUUCUUAAUAUGCAAUCAGAGAUAAACAGUAUCCUUGAAGCAAAGCAAGAAUCUGUGUUGAGUGAGUUGAAUAGAUUCUCCACCCACCAAAUGUCUUUGUUGAAAAUGCAAAAAGAGGCUGCAAUGAAUUUCACCCACGAACUUAGUGAAAAAAAAAGUUGUGCUGAUCAUUUCCUUGCCACAGCUGAUAAAAGCAGUAUUGCAAAAGAAAGAAAACUUCAGGAUGGCCUAUUAAAAUGCCUUGAUGAUGCCCAAAAUCAUAAAAUGUUGACAAACAAUUUGUUUGAGGUAUGCAUGGGCAAUUCAGAGCACAUUGUCAAAAGUGUAAAGGAGAUGGUUAAUGAUUGGGUCUGCAGUGUUGAAGAAACAAAACUAGAACCAUUGCUAAAAUCUGUGUCUACAUUGUCGGAGCAACAGGCACCAUGUCUUGGAGAGAGUAUGGCUGUUAUGUGCGGGGAAGCUAGUGAAAUCACUGUGAAGAAUUCAUUUGACGAAAUUGAUUGCCAUUUAUGGUGUGAUGGUGAAAUGCAACAUUGGGAAACUGACUGUGAUGGGAAAACAGACUGUGAUUUAGAAACGGAUGAAGACUCUAUAAUUUCUGUUACAGAAAGUAAUGAACAGUCACAGGAUGUGGAUUUAGAAUAGUUAACACAUACAUUUAGAAUUUCAAUUUUUUAGUCAUCCAAAACGUUAAAUAUGUGUUCACCUAUGUGCUUUACAAAUUAAAAGACAAUAAAUGAAACUAUACUGUAUAUAAAUGAUGAUAUAUAUUGACAUUUAUUUACUUUAGUUUUGUUCAUUAGUUCUAAUUACAAAUACAGGCCUAGAACUAGCAUCUCAUAGAUACAAUGAAGGAAUUUUGAAUAAAAAUUGUAAUAAUCCAAAGGGAAUAAUAUUUUGUUAUUUGUGUUCUAACUUUUCACUUGAAGCUAUAAAAUAAAUUACAUGUCUGAUAUUAGAUAUGUUAAUUAGAAUAUACUUUGUGUCUAAUACCAGGGGCCAGUUGUUCAAAGCUGUUAGCACAAACCCUGGGGUAAAUUUUAUUCUA